CCGAGGUAGGAAGGGCAGGGAUCAUCUGCAUUUGAAAGACACGGAACCUGGAACUCAUAGAGUUAGGUCUCUCGACCAAAUUCACACAGCUGGCCAGCGGCAGAAUCAAAACCAGAACUCAAGUCCACACUCCACCGUCCUUCCCACUGCUUUUCUGAGCACAGGGAAGAGGCUGGCGGAGGGGACUCCUGUACUCAUCCCUCACCUGGCCCUCUUGGGAGGCUCGCGGACAGCCCCACUGAGGACCCGAUGGGUCUGCGUGCGGUAGAUGAUGACUGCAGUGCCUGGGCACAGCAACGAGGAGGACAUGAUGACAAUGAUGGCCCGGAUGCUGAGGACAGCGACCAGACAUCCAGGGUGUGCUUGAGAAGCACGACUUCCAUAGGGCCUUGGCUGGCUGCAUCCAUGUUGCUUCACCCCCAGAUUGCAGAUCGCGAAGGGUCUGCGGAAAGUUCUGAGGCAAGGAUGGCUCUGCGCUUCUCAGGGUUCCCAGGACCCCACGGGAUUCGGCAGCGGGACGCGACCCCCAGGUCUGGAAUCUCAGCCCCAGCCAGCACGCAGAACGUGUUUCGGCUCCUCUAAGCCCCCUUAAUUGGUUUUUAACAACUUUACCUUCUUUUGGACUUUAUAUAAAUCAUAUAUAAAUGCAGUGUGUAGUUUUUUGUUUGUCUCUGGUGUCUUUUCCUCAACAUAUGUUUGUGAGAUUAAAUCAUGUUAUGUAUGUAGCUGCACUUUUGUUAUUUUUAUUACUGUAUCUAUCUUUUCUAUUACCAUUGUAAAUUUGGGUUAUUCUCAAUUUUAGGGUAUUACUAAUAAUCUUGCUACAGUUUUGUACAUGCCUUUUGAUGUAUGUGUAUAUGUAUUUCUACUGGAUGGAUAUCUGAGAAUAGAACUGCUCAUAGGAUACAUAUGUUAUACUUUAAUAUAAUAGAUAACACCAAAGAGAUUUCCCAAAGUAGCUGGACAAAUUUACACUCCUUGUAGCAAUGUAUGAAAGUUCUGGUUGAUCCAUAUUCUUCACAACACUUGAUAUUGUCAAUAUUAUUAAUUUUAGCAAUUCUGUUGGGUGUAUGGUGUUAUUCCAUUGUGAUUUUACUUUGCAUUUCCCUGUUGUCAUUGAGCAGCCCUUUUUCAAAUGCAUUUCGGCCAUUUGGGUAUCCUGUCUCGUGAAAGGUCUGUUCAAGUCUUUUGUCCAUUUUUAACAAAUUGGGUUAUCUGUUUUUUUCUUUAAUUUAUAGGAGUCAUUUAGGUAUUCUGGACAUGAAUUCUUUGUCUGAUACAGGUAUUAUAAAUACAUUCUCCCAGUUUAUGGUUUGCCUUUUUACCAUCUUAAUAGUAUCUUUUUUUUUUUUUUUUCCGAGGCAGAGUCUCACUCUGUUGCCCAGGCUGGAGUGCAGUGAGGUGAUCUUGGCUAACUGCAGCCUCCACCUGCCAGGUUCAAGCAAUUUUCCUGCCUCAGCCGAGACAAAUACUCAUUCUUGGAGAACAAAGCCAGCUCAACAGAGGGAAGCAGAGCUUGACGACAGAGAACAGAUGACAAGACCCCCGCCAAAGCCAGAAUGCCCUUUGGGUUCCAAUGUGCAAGAGCCAGUAACUUACCCUCCUUCCCUCCCCCUUUUAUUUUUGCUUAAGCUAGUUUUAGUUGGAUUUCAGUCAUCUGCAUCAGAAAGAGUCCCAACUAAUAUGACAAGAAAUGGACAUGGGAUGGAGACACCUGACAUAUUCAGAGAACUAAAGGCUCCUCCAUCGCCAAAGGAAUCUUGGGAAUUUACAGCCGUAAUUCUAUCUUGUAAUUAUGGACAGAGCCUUAUAUUGGAUGGAGGUCAAGAAGGAGCCAGUAUCUCCAGGAGGAGUGAGAGAGUGCUCUGCCAGUGUGAAGUGUAAAUCCUUGAGAGGCUGUGGCAAGGGUCCAUGCCUGAAUGUGUAGAGCAAGAACAGCUGGAGGCUGUGGCUUUCUCCAGGAAGAGGUUUCUAAAUUUGCCUCUUAGAAGAUAUCAGAAAGUUCAAGAAGUGAAGUCAGAGACCCUGAAAGUGUGACUUGCUAAAGACUGUUUAGCACCCGAAUACUCUGGGAACGAGCUCACCAACGCUGCACAACACCAUGCUGAUUCACUGAGGCCACUGGAGCAUUCCAGGCCUUCUGAGCACUGAAAUGAGGCCUCUUUUCGUCCAUUCUUACUCCAGAUGCCAGUGUGAUACAUCUAAAGCCAGAUCUGACC